CUGAUUCAUCCCUCUCUUACGAAGUCGCUAUCGACGCAGCUCUUCACUGCAAGAGCCUUGUGGUAGCCCGCGGUAUCUUAGACGUGGAAGUGGAAAUGCGCGAGGCGGACGUCUUCCGCCGCGCUGGCCCCCAGUUCCUUCCACCCGCCUUCGACCUCAAGUCCGACCCGACUGCCGAAGUUCGCAUGGCCCCUUGCCUCGACACUCGGCAUGACCAUCUGUUCCCGCCGCACGCCCUGGGGUGAAGGCAGCGGAGGUUUCUACGUCACGGACGGGAAGAGGCUUCUGCUCGUGACUGCUCGCCAUGUCCUCUUCCCCCCGAGCACAGAUGACAACAAGCUUUUCGAGUACAAGUCGAGCAGCUCGGGCAUGCCCCGCAAGGACGUCGUCCUCCUCAGAUGGCAUCAUUACCGUCCAGCAGAAGAAGCUCGUCUAUUGGAACGCUAGGGAGGGCGCUCCCCAGGCUGCGAAGGGGCUCGCGGAUGCCCAGAGUGCGAUCAAGGAAGCAGAGGCGACCAAGAAGGCUCUCGUCGAGUUCCAGCGCCUUGUCACGAAAGACUGGGCGCCCGAGAAGAACCGCGUCAUUGGACACGUGGUCUACUCUCCCCCCAUCGUGGUCGAUGCCGGCCCCAAUCAGUUUACUCAGGACGUCGCCGUCGUCGAGAUGGACCUCAGCAAGAUCAGCCGCAGGCCCAACAACUUCCCCGGCAACGCCAUUGACCUCGGAUUCGAGUUCGAUCCCAACAAGCUCUCCGAGAUGAUGCACACCGCGAACAUCGAGAACGUGCACAGCUUCGACUAUCCAGUCGAUCGCCUCCUGCAUCUCUCUGGCGUUGUCGCGGACGAGGAGAUCCGCAACCCCACCAAGACUGACCAGGAUGGCAACCGCUGCAUCGUCGUCCUGAAGAAAGGCCGCACCACGCGCCUGACGGUUGGACGCGCCAACAAUGUCGUCUCGUACGCGCGCACGUACUUGAAGGACACCGACGAAGAGCAAAUUUCGAUGGAGUUGGCCAUCUUCCCCUACGACAAGAACUCCGGCCCCUUCUCCGCCAAGGGAGACUCUGGCUCGGUCAUCGUCAAUGGCGCUGGAGAGCUGUACGGCCUCCUCACCGGUGGCUCUGGCAUCACGGAGCGCAACCGACAUCACGUACGCGACCGAGAUCGACUUCGUCAUGGAGGUCAUCAGACGCUGCAAGUUCCUCGCUAAUGUCUACAUCGGGGUCCCGGAUCAGGCCUAGGCGCUCACGCCGGUUAGUGAUUCUUGCUGCAACGCGAACAGGAGCAGCGCGACACAGUCUGCGACAAUAAGAAAAUCAGCAUAAAACUGAAGCUACCUUUAACGCACCGAAGACAUCGUCGCAUCCGCGAGAAGACCGCUAGUUCAUGAGGAAAGCGUCGAGAGCGAGGUGACUAUAUGCGUUACGCGC